AUGAAUUUUGAGAUGAACCUUGAUUCUAGUUCUUCUAGUUCAAGUGAGGAUGAAAUCUAUGACUAUAUGUUGAUGGAUUUUGUUGAAGAGAGUCGUAAAUACAAGCGUAACCAACCACUAUACGACGAACGUCAAUUUCUUCGUAGAUUUCGCAUGCGAAAACAUGUAUUCAUUCGCAUUAUGCAUACCCUCAGUUUACAUUAUCCUUUUUUCCAACAAAAUCCGGAUGCAUGUAUGCGACAAGGCGCUACUGCUCUUCAGAAAUCCACUGUAGCCAUAAGGAUGUUAGCAUAUGGAUGUGCAGCUGAUCAAAUUGAUAAGUAUCUAAAACUUGGUGCUACAACGUCGAAGAAGUGUCUUACACACUUUGUUGAUGGUAUAAUUGCGCAAUUUUCGGCAGAAUAUCUUCGAAAGCCAAUUACUGAAGAUCUCCAACGUCUUCUUAGAGAAGGGGAAGAUAGAGGAUUUCCAGGUAUGAUAGGGAGCACCGAUUGCAUGUAUUGGGAAUGGAAAAAUUGUCUCGCUCGAUGGAAAGGGAUGUAUUAA